AUGCCGCACGCAGGCAACAAGCUGGUACCCAUUGGGUGCAACAUGAACGAUGCCGCCUACCCGUUUCGCGGGGAGCACCGUCUCGCCAACUGCAUCAAUCACGGUCACAGUGGCGUCGUCAAGAGGAUCCCGACAUCGAUUGCGAUGCGCAUCAGUGGAUCCAACUUAGUAAUCGAGGAGGUGAAAACGCCAAAGGGGGUUGAGUUAGAGUGCGAGUUGGGCGUUGACGGCGGCAUCGCGCGACCGGUGUCGCUGCAGCAGGCCUCUGCCUUCAUGGUGCCCAGCGAUGGACACAACUACAACCUCAUUGCCGCUGUGAAGGCCAGCGGCAACCCGAUGAAGCACUACUGCAAGCUCACCUUCAAUGGCAGCGAGGGCAUAACGGUGCUACGUAUGCGCGCGCCGGAGGGCUGCAGCCCAGAUGCGGUGUACAUUGUUGCCGAUGGCCGUCGGCUGCGACCCACGGCGGGGUGGUUCCGCAUUCCCAUCCACACGAAGGAGUGCGCUCUGGUCGCGAAUCUCCCGCUCGACGACGCGCCGCCGCCGCCGCCGCCGCCGCCUCCUCCUCCUCCUCCUCCUCCUUCCUUUUCAUUCACCGCUACCCCGCCGCUGCCGCCGGCGCCCAGUGGCGGACUUGCUGAGAAGACGCUCGAGGCGACCACAGGGGCUCCGUGGACGGCAGAGAACGUGCCUGAAUUGGAGACGCGCAUUCAUCCCCCCCUCAUUCCUAACGCGGGAGCGGUGACCCUCACGGAGCCCGUUCCCGCCGCGAUGCCCAGCUUUGUCGCGACGGCGCCGGGCUUCAGCCUUCAGCUGACCGGCGAAAACGGCAGCUCCGUGUUUGGCGUCGGUGUCGCCGCACUGCCGCUGAGCCACCGCCGAGCGCAGACGGUUCAGAUCGUGGUAAGCGACGCGCAGGGGCGGGUGUUGCUGCGGCAGCGAUCGCAUGUGCCGUCGCUGGAGCCCGCGGCAGUCUCUCUGGCGGUGAAAGACGACGGCAAGGGUGGACUUGCUCUGAGCGCGAAUCCCGGCAGCAAGAUUACAGUCGGUGGCGUGCCGCAGGCGGAUCCUUCAGCCACGGCUGUCUUGCCGCGUGUUGUGCCCCAACGAGCUGUUGUGGAGCAGCCAAACGCAGACGGCUCUGUCUCGAAGGCGACGCUGGACGUGGCACCGACGUCUGAGCCCGCCCCCGUCUCUGCAGCCGUGUCGAAGCAGCUGCCGCAGCAGCCGCAGGCACCGGCGCUGCCGGAGGCCUGGGUGAAGGAGCUGUCGGAUGCGCUGCAAAACUCGAAUCCGGAGGAGCAGCGCCACCUCCUGCAGAGAAUUUAUCCCUCGUCGAUUCCUGGCGUGACGAUUGUGAAUUUCGUGCGCGAUCAGCUCACCCGCCAACCGCCCGCCAUCUCUUUCACCGUCUCCAGCAACGGCUUGGAGGCGGUGCAGUGCCCCGGCUGCUCGGUCACUGCCGCCGUCGGCAACGAUCCUGCGCGCCAGAUUCCGGCCUUUGGGUCUGUGGCGUUGGCGUCGGGAAAGUCGGCUCUGCUGACGGCGACGAGUACGGUGAGGCAUAGCGCCGUGUCUGCAUGCCGAGUGCAGAUAGGGGUGCCGAGCGCCGUGGCCUUUACCAGUCCAACGGUCUCGGCAUACCCGCCGCACGCAGCGGCGGGACCGCCCAUGCAAGCGGGUCCCUCCGCAGACGAAAGGGCGGAUUCCGACGUGGUGAGCCGUCUUGUGGACUGCCUGUUGCGCCACAACCUGAGCGCGCCGCUGGUCGCCAGGGAACUCGACAGCAUGUCGACAGCCCCGUUCUCCGCGCAGGGGCGUCGCAUGCUUUCGCUCCUGACAAGCUGCUUACGCAGCGCUACUGCGAGCGGUGCGGCCGCUGCGAUGCAGGCGGCUAGCACUCAGGCCGCCGCGAUCACCCACGCGGCACCGGAGGAGAUCUUCUUCACGUGUGGGCCGGGCUACGUGGACAACAUCUACACAACUCAACCGCAGUACCAGCUGUUUGGCGCCGUAGACAACCAGGCGCCGCAGGUGGUGCCGCAGCGCGGCCGGAUACCUGCGCAGGGUACUCUCGAGGGUGAGCACAAACCCUUCUUCAUUUGCAUCACCGCGCGCGACCCGAUAACAGGGGCUGUCAAGGUGGAGAAGACGGUCACGGUGCUCGGUGUUCGUCACGAAGCAAAGCCGACUCCUGCUGCCGUGGAAGUGCCACCACCCACUCAGGUCAGCUACACCGCUGCACCGACGGCUGCAGAGGCGCUGCCAGAGGCAUUUGCUGAGGAGCCGUUGCACCGGCUAGGCGCAGCAGCUGCCGGGUCACCUGCUUUCAUGCCAGAACAGCAGCCGCCCCCCAGCAGCGCGGGAGCCGCGAUCCCAUACAUGGAUGUGUCGCUGCAAGCAGUGGGCCAGGACGUCCAGGCGCGCAUCCUGUGCCAUCCGCAUCUCCGCAUCGUGUGCGACGUGGACGGCGUCGGCGGUAACACGGGCCGCUCCGACUUUGUGGCCAAGAUGCCGGCCACCCGCUUCCACCAGGUCAACUUCAGCCUCAUAGAUCUGUAUGGCCGCGUGGUGUUCCAGCAGAAGCUCGGCGUUCCAGCCAUGAUAUCGCCUCUAUGGGGGCUGGCGUUGCAGCACAACGGCCUUGCCGUGGAUCCGGAGGUCGGCGCCCUCGUGACGGCGUCGAUCGACAGAGCGCUGGAGCGAACGCUGCAGGGCAACUUUGUCUCCUUCGACGCGAGUGCUCCGCACUUUGUGCACCUGCGCAAGUACCACGACAGUAUUCAUGGCGGCGCCGCAGGUGAAGUGUCGCUGCGCCUGCCUGGCCUGGCACUGCCAGAAGAGCUGGAGGAGGUAACGCGUAUUAUGCGUCGUCGUGCCAACGGCGAAGCCAGCGAUCCGCAGACCAAGACGGAGCUCGAGCAGCUGCGCGCUCGCUGCACCACAACCUCCGUUGUGGAGCUGAUUACCAGCAUCCUCGAUGCCUGGCCUGCGACACUGAGUGCGGAUGCGCGCACCUCCGGUGGCGACAGUCCAUCAAGCCGCGUCUUCUUCCGUUUGACGGGGACGGAUUGA